AUGCCCCUCGUCAUCCCCGGCAUCAACAACACCAGCGGCGGCUCGAGCCAGGAUGACUGGUCGCACAAACUAAUGGGCAAGACCGUCACCGAGGGAUCGAGCGACGUGAACUCAUUCGCCAAGAAAGACCUGCCGGAGACUCAUCGGAUCGUUAAGCCGGGGGAUGCGACGACCAUGGAUCAUAACCCUGAUCGGUUGAAUAUCCAUGUGGAUGAGAGCGGGACGGUCCAUAAUGUUAACUAUGGUUGA